GUCGGGCAAGCGCUGCUUUUGGCCGCUAAACUCGCCCUCUCAGAAAGUAAGAGGAAGCGCGCACGCCAUGGAUGUGCGGAGAAAAGUAACCAGCGGCCGUCUUUUAACGCAGGUCUGCAACGUUGCCGCUGUGAUUUUUGCCCUCUGUCCGGAGUCGAGUCGGGCUUUUGGACAGAGUCAAGACAGCGAGUUCACCUUUCUGCUGCCUGCCGGAAGAACCGAGUGUUUUUACCAAACAGCGACGAAAAACGGGUCCAUGGAGGUCGAGUACCAGGUGAUAGCAGGUUCAGGCAUGGAUGUGGACUUCACCAUCAUCUCGCCGCACGGCUACCAGCUGACCUCAGAGUUCCGAAGGUCCGACGGCAUCCACACGGUGGAGCCCACGGAAGAUGGAGACUACCAGAUCUGCUUCGGCAACAGCUUCAGCCGCUUCUCGGAGAAGAUGGUGUUCUUCGAGAUCAUCCUGGAGGGCCAGGGGGGCGACGCCGGCGGCGACGACGAGUGGGCCGGCAUGGUCGAGCCAGAGAGCAUGCUGGGAUACAAGCUGGAGGACAUUCGGGAGUCGGUGGAGUCUGUGCACAGGAGGCUGGAGCGCAGCCGGCAGAUGCAGACGCUGCUGCGGGCGUUCGAGGCGCGGGACAGGAACCUGCUGGAGGACAACCUGUGGCGUGUGUCCUUCUGGUCCUGCGUCAACCUGCUGGUGAUGGUGGGUGUGGCCCUGACCCAGGUCUACACACUGCGCAGCCUCUUCGACGACAAGAGGAGGGCCCGCACGUAGACACGCCCCCCCCCCCACACACGCCCCCCUACAGCCCUGCCCAGGGGUGCAGCCAGGACAGAACGAGGACAGAGUCCCAGAAGGGAGGAAGAGGAGGAGACGGCGGGGGGUGGUUUCAAACGGGGUGAUGUCACAGUGGAGAGUGGUUGUCGUGGCAGCAGGAGGGGCCGUCCUGUUCCCUUACCUCCCAGAGGGGCGGCGCGAGGCCGACGCAGGAGAGAGGGUUCAGCUGCAGCCUCCGUGAGCGCCCGCAUCCUCUCGGCCUGACUGACCUCCACCGCUGCACAGUGCCUCAGCCCCUGCUGCGCUGCUAACCACACCUCCCGCCUACAGCGCCCCGCCCUGCCCGCUGCAGCCCGUCCCGCCCCGGAGACCACACCUCCCGCCUACAGCGCCCCGCCCUGCCCGCUGCAACCCGU